GGGGAUUCCGGGCCUGGAGGCCUCCGCUGAUUACUGUCCGCACCUCGGCCGCCGCCUGCUGCCCAGUGUGGGUUCCCUUGGGGACCACAGGGAACUUCUUCAUCCUGAUUGGAUUCUACAUGUAACCCUUGGGAGCAAGACCAAGAAACUGAGGCCCAGGAACAGGUGAAGAUGGGGUUUAUAUUCUCAAAAUCUAUGAAUGAAAACAUGAAAAACCAACAGGAGUUUAUGCUUAUGAAUGCUCGACUCCAGCUGGAAAGACAGCUAAUGAUGCAGAAUGAAAUGAGAGAAAGGCAGAUGGCUUUGCAGAUUGCUUGGUCUCGAGAAUUCCUCAAAUAUUUUGGAACUUUUUUUGGCAUUGCAGCCAUCUCUUUAACAGCUGGAGCAAUAAGAAGGAAGAAGCCAGCCUUCCUCUUCCCUAUCAUUCCAUUAGGCUUUGUCCUCACCUACCAGUAUGACUUAGGAUAUGGAACCCUUCUCCAAAGAAUGAAAGGUGAAGCUGAGAACAUACUGGAAACAGAAAAGAGUAAGUUGCAGCUGCCAAAAGGAAUGAUCACUUUCGAAAGCCUUGAAAAAGCCAGAAGGGAACAGAGUAAAUUCUUCAUAGACAAAUGA